GCAGCAACCUCUCAGCACUCACGAGGGGGCAGAGGUACCUUCACCAUGUCUGGAAACUGCUGUUCUAGGAAAUGCCCCUCUGUGCCAGCCAUCUCCCUCUGCUCCACUGAGGUGAGCUGCAAUGGGCCAAUUUGCUUGCCCAGUUCCUGCCGGAGCCAGACGUGGCAGUUGGUGACUUGUCAAGAUAGCUGUGGAUCAUCCAGCUGUGGCUCCCAGGGCUGUCAGCCUACCUGUUCUGUGAGCAGCUGUGUCCAGCCCGUGUGCUACGAGGCCACCAUCUGUGAGCCCACCUGCCCCGUGAGCUGCUGUGUCCAGCCUGUGUGCUGUGAGGCCACCAUCUGUGAGCCCACCUGUUCCGUGAGCAGCUGUGCCCAGCCCGUGUGCUAUGAGGCCACCAUCUGUGAGCCCACCUGCCCCGUGAGCUGCUGUGCCCAGCCCGUGUGCUGCGAGGCCACCAUCUGUGAGCCCACCUGUUCUGUGAGCAGCUGUGCCCAGCCUGUGUGCUGCGAGGCCACCAUCUGUGAGCCCACCUGUUCUGUGAGCAGCUGUGCCCAGCCCGUGUGCUGCAAGGCCACCAUCUGUGAGCCCACCUGUUCUGUGAGCUGCUGUGCCCAGCCCGUGUGCUGCGAGGCCACCAUCUGUGAACCCACCUGCCCUGUGAGCAGCUGUGCCCAGCCUCUGUGCUGUGAGGCCACCAUCUGUGAGCCCACCUGUUCUGUGAGCAGCUGUGCCCAGCCUGUGUGCUGCAAAGCCCCUUCCUGCCAACCAGUCCUCUGUGUGCCCACUUCCUGCCAGACCAUCCUCUGCAAACCCAGCUGCUGCCAGCCAGCUGUGUGCACUGUGCCUACUUCCUGCCAGCCAGUGAUCUGUGAGCCUGCUUGCUGUCAGCCCGUGUGCCCCAGGCCGAGCUGCUCUCCAUCUGUCUGCUCUGUGGCCAAUAGCUGCCAGUCUGUCUGCUGUGACUCCAGUCCUUGUGAGCCAUCCUGCUCGGAGCCCAGCAUCUGCCAGCCAGCCACCGGCGUAUCUCUGGUCUGUGAGCCUGUCUGUGUCCGCCCGGUCUGCUGUGUCCCAAGCCCUUGCGAGCCACCUUGUGUUUCCAGCACUUGCCAGGAGCCCUCUUGCUGCGUCUCCAGCAUCUGCCAACCCAUCUGCUCUGAGCCCAGCCCCUGCUUGCCAAAAGUCUGUGUGCCCAGGCCAUGUCAGCCUACCUGCUACGUAGUUAAGCGUAGUCGGUCCAUCUGCUGUGAGCCUGUUUCCUGCCAGUCUGCAUCCUGCCGACCCCUCUGCAGCCGUCCGGGGUCUUCUGCAUCUGCCAUCUGCCAGCCAACUUGCUCUCGAACUUUCUACAUACCCAGCUCUGGCAAACAACCUUGCACGACUUCCAUUUCCUACCGCCCCAUCUGCCGCCCGAUCUGCUCUGGGCCCGUCACCUACAGGCAGCCAUGCUUGACAUCCAUCUCCUACCGCCCGGCCUGCUACCGCCCAUGUUACUCCUUCCUGCGCCGCCCGGCCUAUGUCACCUCUGUCUCUUACCGCCCGGUCUGCUCCCGCCUAUCUUGUGCUGAAUCCUGCACACGGGAUUGCAAAAAGUCCACUUCCAGUCAGCCGGAUUGUGAGUCAACGCCCUGCAAGUCAGAGGUCUCAGAUGCCAGUCCCUGCCAACCCACUGAGGCCAAGCCCACCAGCCCAACCACCCCUGAGGCUGCAGCCAGCCAACCUGCUGCUGCCAAGCCUGCCAACUGCUGACCUGGCCUUGGUCCACAAAUUCCUGCCAUUGGUACCUCCAUGGAAAUUUGACCUCCAUCCCGAAAGCUCAUUCUGACUUAGAAUCUCUUUCCUUUUGUACCAUCACUCGCCAUCUGCUUCAAAUAACUCAUCAGAAAUGUCAGUGUCCCCACGGUCCAAAUGAAAGCCUCCUGGGAGUGAGCCGGGGGACAUUCUGGGAUCCUGUCUGCUGCUGCCAUCGAGCUGAGAAAGGUUGCUUUGCCACAUCAUCUCAAAUCUCUUUCCUGGCAUAAUUUUUUUUUCUGUCCUCAUGAAGAUGCUUCCUUGCUGUGUGUGCUCCUCUUUCUUGGGAACCUCUUCCAUGGCAUAAAGAUGUUUAACUGUCCAAUAAACACAUCCAAGCUGAAGU